CGCACAGACGCUUCCGAGGACAGUAGCAGCAGCAGCAUACUCCUACGCGAACGGGGCGAAUCGAAUCGAUCGAUUAACGGGCGGCGGCAGUCACCGUGUGUGACCUGCCAAACUGUCUCAGGCCCCGCCUCAGCCUGCACGGCCUGGCCAGUGGCCAUCCAUCCCUUCGCUUCCACGCACCAAUCUUGUCCCGGCGCCUGCCAAAUCCAGCAAGGCCACAUCCCACCCGAGACAGGGCAGCAGGCAGGAACAGAGAGCAGUUGCGCACUAGCAGCAGCAGCAGCAGCAGCAGCACCCGCUGAUGGGACGCGCGGCAAUGGCGGCCUCUUCCGGGACGACGACGCGCUCCGUGCGCCUGCUGCUGCUCUCCCUGCUCGGCUUCUGCGUCGCGCUGAGCCACCAGGAGUCGUCGUCGUCGUCCACGGACUCGUGCGCCACGGCCAAGGUCGCCGUCGCCAGCCUCGUGCCCUUCGACUCCACCUCCUUCCGCUGCACCGCCGCCUGGAAGCAGCAGGACUUCGUCCUCAGGUACAAGAACACGGGGCCCAGCGAGUGGAGCUUCAUCCUCUCGGCGCCGGACAAGGGCUCGUACGUGGCGGUCGGCUUCUCGGGCAAGGGCGCCAUGGUCGGGAGCAGCGCCGUCGUCGGGUGGGCGUCCAACGGCAAGGGCACCGUCAAGCAGUACUACCUCGGCGGCAAGAGCCCCGAGGACUGCGCCCCGAACAAGGGACUCCUCAAGCUCGUCAAGAACAGGUCCGUCGUCGUCUCGCGCUCGGGGCGCCUCUACGUCGCCUUCCAGCUCAGCACCGACUACCCGCAGCCGUACCUGAUCUUCGCCGUCGGGCCCGACGGCAACCUGCCGCAGUCCGACUCCCUGCGGCUGCCGAUGCACCAGAACAUGGCCUCCCGCUCCUUCAACUACACCUCCGGGAUGUCUUACAACACCGCCGGCUCGUCCGGCGACCAGGCGGCGUUCCCGACGGAGAGGAAGCACGGGCUGCUGGGCAUGAUGGGGUGGGGCGUGCUGAUGCCCAUCGGCAUGAUCACCGCGCGCUACUUCCGGCAGCUGGACCCGUGCUGGUUCUACACCCACAUGGCCAUCCAGGUGUGCGGCUACGCCAUCGGCAUCGCGGGCAUCGUCCUCGGCUUCCGCAUCAACGAGGACGGGCUCAAGAACGUGGACGUGCACAAGGCGCUCGGCAUCGCCGUCUUGGCCAUGGCGUCUCUUCAGGUGCUGGCGAUCCUGGCGCGGCCGGACAAGACGUCCAAGGUGCGGCGGUUCUGGAACUGGUACCACCACAACAUCGGCCGCGCGACGAUCCUGCUGGCCAUCGGCAACAUCUUCCUGGGCCUGUCCAUCGCGCAGGAGGUCAGCGCCUACGUCGUCUCCUACGGCGUGUUCGUCGCCGUGUGGGUGGUCGCCGUCGCCGCCUUCGAGAUGAAGCGGUGCUACGCCGACGACGACUGACGUACGGUCGACGCCGAGCCGUGGCAACGGCGAUGCGUACAGUCAGUUCGUUCAUUCCGAGAACAACAGCUGGCCAUUGAUAGGACGACGAAGUUGAUGACGUAAAUUAAGCGUUCACGAUCGACCAGUGACGUGACAGUGUGACACACACAUACACCAUUCUUGUUACGUAGCUCGCAGCUGGACAGUGCUUUGGUUGGCUAAAAUUUGUUUUUUUUUUGGGGGAGGGGGGGGGG